AUGAAGGAGAGUGAAACCUCCGUGCCUCAGCAUUAUAUCGAAGCCCUGGUGUCAAUCUUGCCGCCGCCGCGCGAUGUGUUCGUAGACUCCGUGGAGGACACGGCGUUCUUAUUACGAUGGAAGCCGCCGCACAGCCCGAAGCAAGCCAACGUCAAGUUGAUGGGAUAUAUGCUCUCGUGGUCGCCCGUGUCCGCGAGGCAUCGCGUUCACGAUGAGAAGACGGUCAUGCUCCCGGGAGUCGUCACGUCGAAGCUGGUCUCGAACCUCAGCGAAGCGACAGAGUACGCCGUCGUACUCUCGGCGGUUUAUCCGAAUAUUCAAACGUCGCCGGCGCCUAAACUGAUUAUCCGGACGGACUACGCCGUCAGUGAGCUGCCCAUCGCCGACGACACAUUCGUUGAGCAUAAAAUCGAAUGCAACUGCUCGGAGCCGGGGAUGCUGGCUUGCACGAGAACGUCUCUAGAUUCGGUCGAAUGUGCGUGUUACGAGGGCUACCAGGGUCGGUGGUGCGAGAAGUGUUCAGCUGGCUACGUGAAGAGCAUGAAAGAAUGUAUCCGUUGUCCUUGUUCCAAUAUCACAUCGAGUGGCCUAUGUGACGUCGACGUAUCCACCGGCACGCCUCGUUGUGAAUGCCUUCCGGGACACAGAGGUCCUGACUGCGGCCAGUGCAAGCCGGGCUAUCACCGAACGGACGACCGGUGUAAACCCAUCAAUUGUUUGAGCUAUACACUUUGUCAGGACGAGCCUCACAGACCGGGCUGUCAGGACUGCGACUUCAGCAGCAUUCACGAGUCUUUCUAUCCAGUCGCCCAGAAAAGCUCCGGUCUAUUCGCAGAUUCGUUCGCUCGGGGAACUUUGACAGUCAUCGCCAUCUUGUCAGGCUUCUGCUUCCUUCUGUUCGCGGCCACUCUUGCCACAUGCUACCACCAUCGGAAGAAGAACUCGUUGUUGGAGCUGAACAAUUCUCCCACGUACUGGAACGCCAUGCCUCCAGAGCAUCCGGAAUGCAACGAAUAUGUUGAGAUGAGCGCCCGGAACCAAUGUCAGCAGCAAUUCGAUCAGCACCAAGUUUGCACACUUCAUCAGCCGGACUACUCCAGAAUGUAUAGGAGCCUCCAAAGGAAUCCCGUGGACACAAUGGUCUCCGUCGAAAGCGAUACGACGCCGAAGAUCGCACGCGCCCGCAGCGAGGAUUUCUGCUUGUAGAUCGUAAUAGUAUUGCAU